AUGUCAACGAUAAUGAAACUUGAAUCAUUACCAAAUGAAAUAUUCAUUGAAUGUUUUCAAUAUUUGGAUACACUAGAUAUAUUAUAUUCAUUUGAUCGAUUAAAUUAUCGAUUUCAUUCACUUAUUCAGAAUAUUUCAUUGCAUCUUAAUCUUCACCAUUUUAAAAAAUCUUCAUUCGAUCAAUUUUAUGAAAUAAUAUUGACAAAUUCAGAAAUAAAACAAUAUAUAAUUUCUUUACAAUUAUCUAAUGUAUAUGCACAUGAACAAAUAAAAUCAUUUAUUCCAAUAUUAUUAUUAAAUGAAUUUAUUUAUUUUCGAUCAUUAUCAUUAAUUGAAUUAAAAGAUGAUAAUACUAAACAAGUCUUACCAAUAUUAUCAUUCUUAUCUGAUAUAGAAUGUUUUUUUUGUACUAGUUUACAGUAUAGAAAUUCAAAAAUACGAAGAUUAAAAGAUUGUAAUUUUAAUAUUAAUUCAAUAUUUAUUUAUAACGCUAUGUCAAUAACAUCAUUAACUAUUUGUAAUUGUGAUUUAUUUGAUUUAUGUGAAUUGUUUAAAUAUAUACCCAUGUUAAAAAAGUUACAUAUUGGAUAUUUUCAUAAUAGUAAGAUAAAUGACGAUGAUUUAAAUUUGAAUAAUAUAUAUAUUCUUAAU